AUGCACUCACCAUCAAGGAAGGACUUUGUGUCUUUAACCUUCACUGGAAGUGGCAACUAUAACAGCAAACAGUGGAAAAGACAGUCCUGCUGGAGGGUGAGUGAGUGCUGAAGGAAGUCAACCAACCUACUUAUCUUAAUCACAAACUCUGAUCUGAUGACUUACUAUGUACUAUUUACAGUUGAUUGAUAGGCUAUACUAAAUAUCCCACUGAAUGUUUUAUACCGCAAAUGCAGCAUUACAUUUUAAUGGUUAACUAACUUGAUUGAAAAAAUGCCUCGAGACACAUUAUCAUCAUAUCCAUAAUAUAAUGUGAUAGUCACUCAAACAGAAAAUGAUUGUAGCUCAGACUUGUCAUUGUCAAUCUUUGGAGAUAUGACACCAGGAUGUUGAUGUUUAUCAGAAGAAUAUGAAAAUGCAGUGCCUCUGUACAGUACGUAGCAGCAUGGUACUGACAGUUGAUCAGACAUGUAGCACUUUGUGGCAUUCAGUGGUUCUUCUGUAUUUCUUGCUUAUAGUGUGAAUGUCUCUCCUGACAGACAAGCCAGUGCAGUCAAUUGUAACUGAGUUUUUGUGUUUUUCGCUCUGUGCUUACAGCUUUGUCAUUUUCUAUCUCAUCCAAUUUGCACCCAUUUCUCCACAGAAAUGGAAACAGUUAUCCAGAUUGCAGCGCAACCUCAUCCUCUUCACCAUGGCUCUCAUGUUAGUUUGUGGGAUUGCCACUUACCCCACUGUCACAGAACACUUCCGAGGUAAGGCCAGCAAAAAAAUCUAAUUGUUAUGAUGUAUGGUGGUGGUGACUCUGUUUUUGAGGCACCAGAGACUGAGCAUCCUCCCCUAUGUACCUCCUCAGGCCUUACUGUUGUUGUGAAGGAGGAAGGGGGCCAUGUUCUGAAACCUGUCAUCCCUGAGGUCCUACCUGAGUCGGACAAACAGAACCAACUGCUAGUACCAGAGCCACCUUCAGAGGUUGGUACAUUCCACUCCUCUGCUUUACUACUAAAGCUAGCCUUUGGCUGUGAGAAAUAUGUGCCGUGAUACAUUCAGUAAGCAAUGUUUUUGAAUUAAAGCACUUCCCUCCCUUUAACGUGUCUCCUCCUUCAUAAGCAGAAGAGGGCACCCGAUAAGCGGGGGCCACCGGGCCUGCAGAAUCGUCUGCAGAAGAAAGGCAAUGGGUCAGAUAUCCAGGUGGAGGAGAAUCAGAUACAAGAAGCAAAGAAAGCUGACAUAGAGGAGGGAGAGAAGCCACUUGUUAAGUAAGACUAGUCUCUAAUCAGUGGAGAUGACUAAUGGAUAAUGAAAGUAAAUUCAUCUCUGAUACAUAAGCCUUUAUUGCAUGCAUGGGUUAGGGAAGCGAUUGUGAUGAGUACUCGGAAUAGAAACUACAACUCCAUUCCAACCAAAUAUAAACAUGUUUUCUGGUCUUCUCAUCUUGACUGACACCUAUGUGUAUUUAGCAGGCGUGGGGCCUUGAUUGAGGCUGACCAAGCCACCGAAGGAGGAACUGCCAAGGAAGCAGAGAACAAGGUGGAUGUCCCAGCGGUUGAGCAAGAGGACCAUUCACACAAGGAGCCAGGUCUGUACCCUGCUUCUGCCGCUUCUCUCUCUCUCUCUCUCUUUCUCUCUCUCUCUCUCUCUGUCUCUCUGUCUGUGUGUGUGCAAACCCUCCAUAGCCCACCAUUCAUGACCAUUAACAACAGUUGUUUAUUAACCACAAGUUGAGUUUGAUAGAGGGCAAACUAGAGCUUUGAGAGGAAAUGUGCAGAUUUAGUUAUUGGAAAUAGAAGUAAUUCAUUUAUAAUUCUUUGGAUGGUAGCUAAUUAUCUUGGCGUGUGCGUUUCAGAAGUCGAUAGGCUUGAGGCAGUACGAGAUGCUUUCAGACAUGCAUGGAAGGGCUACAAAGAGUUUGCUUGGGGCCAAGAUGAGCUGAGGCCCAUCUCUAAGUCCUAUGGAGAGUGGUUUGGCCUGGGCUUGACCCUGAUUGAUGCACUGGACACCAUGUGGAUCCUCAACCUCAAAGAAGGUACUUCAGUGUUUCCCCUAGGGAGUUUUUACAGCAGUGAUGGCAAAGUUAGCUGUUUUAAAGCUAAUUUCCUGCAAUUCUACACAUAUUGCCAUGGAGCAAAGAGAACAUUUGACAGUUGUAAAGCUAGUUUCCUCCAAUUCUACACAUUUUGCCAUGGAGCUGAGAGAAAUGUGAUAGUUAGUUCUCAAAGAUUAUCUUAUUUAAAAAAAAUAUAUAGCUCCAUUAUCUUUUCUACAUACUUUAUAUCUGGUUUAAGUUGACACUGAAAACGUUUAACCAUCGCAAAAAUUAUUCCCCCCCCCAAAAAAAAAUGUUUAAUAUAUACAGUAUAUUAUAUACAGUAUAUUAUUAUAUUAUUAUACAGUAUAUAAAUAAUAUAUGACAGUAUAUUUAAUUUGGCGGCCACGAUUUAGCAGCGCCGGUGCGCCACUGCUAAAUGCAUAUAGGGGAAACACUACCUACAUUCAUGAUCCAACUUUUCUUUAUACCUGCUAUAUCAGAGAGUUUACAUGGAGUUAGACCACUAAAGUUGUGGUUGGCCUCUUUUGGACAGAGUUUGAGGAGGCUAAGACCUGGGUGUCCACGGAGCUCUCCUUCAAUAAGAACGUUGAUGUGAACCUGUUUGAGAGCACCAUCCGUAUCCUGGGCGGCUUGCUGAGCACUUACCAUCUGACUGGAGACACUCUGUUCCUGGACAAGGCUGUGAGUCACAUAUACAGACAGAGAGACAUACAGAGAGCUGGCUGUUACUGCUGCUGGGCCUCUGACACUUCCUCUUCCACUCCUUCUGCCUCUCAAAGACCCUUUCAUGGGCUACUGCUAAUGCUGCUGCUGGUCAUAUGAGUUCAUUCGUGAAAUAACUUGUUUUUCUGUGGGAGGGGGUCUGGCUAGGGAAACAUAUUGAUCAGCCUUCUGUUGUUCUUUUGAUGACCUUGCAGAAAGAUAUAGGAACAAGGUUAAUGCCUGCCUUCAACACCCCAUCCAAGAUCCCUUACUCAGAUGUGAACAUUGGAAAGGGUACGGCCCACCCCCCUCGAUGGACGUCGGACAGCACUGUUGCUGAGGUUACCAGCAUCCAGCUAGAGUUUAGGGAGCUGAGUCGCCUCACCCAGGACACACGCUACCAGGUAAUAUUCAUAAGCAAUGUUCUAGUGAAAGGACUCGAUUAAUGUCAGCCUUUUGUACAACGUUCGAUUCUACAGUACUUUAUCAAUUAUCUCUGACAACACUUUGAGCUAGAAUCCUUAGUUGCUACAUCAAUUUCUGGACUUAUAGAUUAAUGAUGUAUACCUCAUUGAUUAUUGAAAAAGAUAACUUAUAAAUGCCUCAUGAGCUUAGUUCAACUGUCGUACCCCAUCAGAACCAAAAAUAUAAGCUUGUUUUACUCCAAUGUUUGUAAAUAAAGAAAAUGUAAACAAACACUGUAUAUCCUCAACAUGAUUAAAACUAUACUGUUAAUAUCAUGGAUGAUCAGUCCUUGCAUCCAUAGCUCUGUCUAUGAAUUUGAGUGGUUACAUUUCCCCAGGCCCAUUCCUCAGCGUUGUACCAAAACAGAAGCGGGGUGACUGCUUUGUUAGUGUUUCAGUUAAGGAUUCUAGCUUUAACUUCCAUAUUCCUCCUUCCCCCUUUCUCAUCCAGGCUGCAGUGGAUGAGGUCAUGCAGAAAGUCCACAAGCUGGAAGGGAAGCAGGAUGGCCUGGUGCCAAUGUUCAUCAACACCAACAGUGGUCAGUUCACCCAUCUAGGGGUGUUCACCCUGGGGGCCCGGGCAGACAGCUACUACGAAUAUCUCCUUAAACAGUGGAUACAGGGAGGCAAGAAGGAGACAGAGUAAGUUGGAUUGGAUUUUCUAAACACUUUUCCUGUCUACUUUUCUCAAGGCUGUCAUGAGUUUGAGGCUGACACUAAUUCACAGUCAGGUCUAGCUACUCGAUUCCUACUCAUCUUGUCUAGGCUCCCUGCUAAGUACUGGGGGGCAGGCAGCAGAGUUGUCACUGUUCUAGCUUGCUGUCAUGUUUGACAGUCCUAAAGCUUGAUCUCCUCAGCUCCGUUGAUGUAACUGACAUGACUUAAACAGCCCCGUUUCUCUGUUACCUGCAAUUCUGUGUGGAUAUGGCAGAAUGGCUGUAUGCCGUAUCAGGCUGUGCAUAAGACUGAAAUAUUAAUGAUUGUCUGGGAAUAUUUGCUUAACGUCAUGCACAACUAGGUCUUCAGAGCUGCUUUAGAAAACAUUUAUCCUCAGUUGGAACAGCUCUCACAGACCCAGCACAGCUUGAGGACUUUGAUGCUUGAGGACAGAUUUAGUUAUUGUGCUAUGUUUAAAGUACUUCUUUGAAAUUGUAUUUUUAUUUCCUUGGCUCAGCGCUGUAUCAGUUGGUGUUGACACUAGAUUCUAUGGGACACUUAUCAAGCAAUAAUAGAAAACUACACAAGUACCAUUCAGCUGAUGAUGUUUCUAAGUACAGUGAGGGAAAAAAGUAUUUGAUCCCCUGCUGAUUUUGUACUUUGCCACUGACAAGAAAUUGAUCCUCUAUUUUUUAUGUAUGUUUUUGACUGACGAGACAAAUCAACAAAAAAAUCCAGAAAACCAUUCAAAAUGAAAUGAUUUGCCAAUAACCUACCUUAAAUUAUAGCUGUCAUGUCUUUGUCAUGGGAAAGUUCAGCAGGGACAAUACUUUUUCCCUCAAGUAUUGUACAGUUAUGGCCAUUUCUUUCAGUCAACCAAUAGUGUUUUAUAAGAGCAACAAAUAAAGUACGUUCCGAGUGUUGCUGUAUCUGUGUCGUAAGUGUGUUCUCAGUGUUUGGUGUAAUGCGGUCUGUACUGUGUUCCCAUGUGCUGUAAUGCUGUCUGUACGUGUGUUUCCAAAGCUGUGUCUGUAGUGUGUUCUCAGUGUUGGAUGUAAUCUUGUCUGUACGGUGUUCUCCAGUGUUGCUGUAAUGCUGUGUCAUGUCCCAAACGUGUGUUCCCAGGUUGGCUGUAAUGCUGUGUUGUACGGUGUCUCCACUGUAUGCUGUGGUAAAAUUGAUUUGGUUCUCAAAUGCUGAAACCUGGUAUGUACGUGGUCCAUGUUUGGCUGUAAGUGUCGUACUGUGUUUCCAGUUUUGGUGUAUGCGGUGUCGUACGUGUGUCUCAUUUGGCUUAUGCUGUUCUGUACGUGUGUCUCCAGUGUUGGGUAUGUGUGUCUGACGGUUUUCCAACGUGACAAAAUCAGUGUUGGCUGUAGCUGUGUCUGAUCAAAUACGUGUUUUUCCCUGUUCCCUGUAAUUGUGUCGUACGUGUGUUCAGUGUUUGCUGUUGCUUUGGUCGUGGUUCACCAGUGUUGGCUGUAUGUGGUCUGUCCGGUUUCCCAGUGUUUGGCUGUAAUGUGUGUCUGUAGCCAGUGUGGCUGAUAGUGUUGUUUUUUAUACAGUUUCUCACCCGUACACAUUUUGCGUAAUGCUGGUGGAGGUACUGUUCCAGAGUGUUUGGCUGUAAUGCUGUGUCUGUACGUGUGUUCUCCAGUGUUUGGCUGUAAUGCUGUGUCUGUACGUGUGUUCACCAGUGUUUGGCUGUAAUGCUGUGUCUGUACGUGUGUUCUCCAGUGUUUGGCUGUAAUGCUGUGUCUGUACGUGUGUUCACCAGUGGUUUGGCUGUAAUGCUGUGUUGUACUGUACCAGUGUUGCUGUAAUGGCUGGUCUGACCCAGUGUUUGGCUGUAAUGCUGUGUCUGUACGUGUGUUCUCCAGUGUUUGGCUGUAAUGCUGUGUCUGUACGUGUGUUCUCCAGUGUUUGGCUGUAAUGCUGUGUCUGUACGUGUGUUCUCCAGUGUUUGGCUGUAAUGCUGUGUCAGUGUGUGCCAGAGUACUUGGCUGUAAAGCUGUGACUGUGUUCUUCAGGUUGCUGGAGGAUUACCUGCAGGCCCUGGAGGGAGUGAAGAAGAACCUGCUGAAGAAGUCUUCUCCUAACAGGCUGACCUUCGUAGGGGAGCUGUCCCAUGGUCAGUUCAGCCCCAAAAUGGUUAGUAUACGAACUAUGCACACCAGAUGAGUGUGGGUGAAAGAGCUGUUGUUUUCUAUAAAUCAAAGGAACCUCAAGGUUUUCUUUGAGGCAGGUAUGCAUCCUGUUUAAGGUUGGGUAUUUAAAGCCCAGUUUCACCCAAUACUUAAAUGUUUCCAAUAUCUCAUGUGUCGCUUUGAUGAGUCAAACAAGUGUCAACUCCCAACCAACUGUAGUUCCAGUCUUUUCCAUUAAAAGAUUGUGGGCUCCAUUCUGCAACAUGGACAUGCUAUUUCUCCACUGACUCCCCAACCCUCUGUCUGUCAGGACCACCUGGUGUGUUUCCUCCCUGGGACCCUGGCUCUUGGGGCCCACCACGGCCUGCCAGCCGACCACAUGGAGCUGGCCAAGCAGCUGAUGGAGACCUGCUACCAGAUGUAUGCCCAGAUGGAGACUGGCCUGAGCCCUGAGAUCGUCCACUUCAACAUGCACGAGGGCAGCAUCAGAGAUGUAGACGUCAAGGUGGGUAUAAAGAGGUGCUCCCCUCAUAGCAGAUAUAUUGUUAAACAAUACACUACUGAAGUAUAGUGGGGUUUCUGACCAUUUAUUUUACUGUUGUGAAGUUUUUCAUGGAUAUGAUCAAUUUCCUAUGUGAUUGUUUCUCGUGUCUGUCUGUCCUCUCCUCAGCUUGCAGACAGACACAACCUCCUUCGCCCUGAGACAGUGGAGAGCCUGUUUUAUCUGUACAGGUUCACUAAGGACAGGAAGUACAGGGACUGGGGCUGGGAGAUCCUCCAGAACUUCAACAAGUACACCAAGGUGAGAGAACAGUCACUACCCAGCCUAGACUACUGUUAAUACUGUAAGUAAAUUAACCAGCCUGGUCCCAGAUCUGUUUGACGUGACAAUGACCAUAGGAGUUGGCAAGACGGCACAAACUGAUCUGAAACCAGGCUACUGAGAAAUGCAUGGUUAAUGAGAUAUUCAGUAUGUGGUUAUUGAGUGAGUAUUUCCCCAGAGAUUACAGAUCCUACUUUUAUAGCGUGUGUUGUGUUGGUCUGUGUCUCUCCUCAGGUUUCUACUGGUGGCUACACAUCCAUCAACAACGUCCGGGACCCAGAGUACCCCAGCCCCCGGGACAAGAUGGAGAGCUUCUUCCUGGGGGAGACUCUCAAGUACUUCUACCUGCUGUUCUCAGAUGACCCGGAGCUGGUCAGUCUGGAGAAGUAUGUGUUCAACACAGAGGCCCACCCCCUGCCCAUCUGGCCUUCUGCUGAGUAAGCGACACACCGGCCAAGUCAACAGGACACAUACAUACAGUAAUACAUCACAGCUCAGGGCUUGGCUAACACCAAGAUAUCUCAUUACUCAUUUUUAUAUAUCUGUGACUCAAGUUUGGGUUGGUUUACCCUCUCCCAACUCGACAACUCUGGAAAAAUGCAUAUAUAAAAAUAAAAAUAAACGGAAUUAAUUGUUCGUUAACAAAUGAUUGUAAUAGCCAUGGGGGAAUGACAGCAGUGCUAGUGUGAGAUUGAGGCAUGGUAGCCUUGCAAUUAUAUAUCUAUUUUUUUGUCUGUUCUCACCACAUUGCUGGUGCGGAGUCUGUCUGUCCUCUGAUAAUGACAGUUGUUUACUCUGAAGGAAGAGUGGAAAACAUGAGAGCCAGCCAAGCUGUGUACUUGGCUCAUCGUGGUUAUGUUGUCCACCAACACUAGAUAAUGAGAUGAGUGUGACUGAACUCCAAGCUGUGUCUUAGUCAGAGGCAGCAGAAGCCUGAGAGGAAGUGGAGGUGCUAGUUUGGCAGAAUACAACUCUACUCUAGGAGACCAGUGACACAAUACUGGGCUUUACAGGAAAUGACAUUGCAUUGGGAUAGAACUUCCUGUGUACCUGGAUCAUGUCACUCUCCAGUCUCUCGAUCACAUUCUUAAGAAAUGGUUUAUAUAAAAAAGUAUUUAAUGUUAAAU